GAGCGGCCCGGCGAGGCCACGUUUUGUUUUUGUUUUUCACCGGAACAGUUCUCGCAGGCCCUUCCCCUGGACGAGCGCGCCGCAGCCGGCAGCCCCGACCUUCCAGGUGACAGCCGGUCACCCUGGUAGGAGUCAGCUCCGCCCCGCGCGCCCCCUCCCGCGCACCGCCCCAGUCCCCGCCCAGCCUCAGUGUCUGCCCGAGGCGAGGGGAGGUGUCGCGCGGCCGCGAAGGGCUGCAACGCUCCGGCGGGCGGCAGCGGGACCCCUGGGCUGGUGCUCGCUCGGCGGGCGACGGCAGAGGAAGGGGUGGUGACCCGGACACGAGCCGAGGGCAGGGCGCGCCCCUGUAGCCUUCCGCCCUCCCGCCCGCUGCUGGGCACUCGCCUUGCCGCCCGCAGCUCGAGCUCUCAGCCGCCCGGAGCAGCGCUGCCCGGGGAAGGGCCGCCGACGCGCGGGGGCCCGGAGCAGUAGUUGGCACAGUUUCGGCUUCGCCCGCAGAGGGGGAACUGGGGGUGCGGCGCGCCCGGCGGGCUACCACGGUGCUCUGGUGGGGCGCGCCAUGGAGCCGCCCAGCUGCAUUCAGGAUGAGCCCUUCCCGCACCCCCUGGAGCCCGAGCCGGGCGCCACAGCGCAGCCGGGGCUCGGGAAGCCGGGCGACAAGCGGUUCCGGCUGUGUUACGUGGGAGGGUCCUGCCUGGAUCGCAGGACCACGCUGCCCAUGCUGCCCUGGCUCAUGGCCGAGAUCCGCCGGCGCAGCCAGAAGCCCGAGGUCGGCGGCUGCGGGGCAGCGCGCGAGGUCCUCCUGGUGCUCAGCGCGCCCUUCCUGCGCUGCGUCCCCACGCCGGGGUCCGGAGGCCAGGGGGGCGGCAGCCCUGCGGCCGCGCAGCCCAACCCGGCCGUGUUCAUCUUCGAGCACAAGGCGCAGCACAUCUCGCGCUUCAUCCACAACAGCCAGGACCUCACCUACUUUGCCUACCUGAUCAAGGCGCAGCCCGACGACCCCGAGUCGCAGAUGGCCUGCCAUGUUUUCCGCGCCUCAGACCCGAACCAGGUUCCUGAUGUAAUCAGCAGCAUAAGGCAAUUAUCCAAGGCUGCCAUGAAAGAGGAUGCCAAACCCAGCAAGGACAAUGAGGAUGCCUUUUACAACUCUCAGAAGUUCGAAGUCUUGUACUGCGGAAAGGUGACAGUGACCCACAAGAAGGCCCCUUCCAGCCUCAUCGAUGACUGCAUAGAGAAGUUCAACCUGCACGAACAGCAGCGCUUGCGUCUCCAGGGUGAGCGAGUCCCAGACCCCUGCGAGGAGCUGGUCCUGGAGGGCGAGGCUUUGGGGUCCCCGGGGGACAGCCUGCCGGAAGAGGAGGAGGAGGAGGAAGAAGAGGCCCAGGCAGAGGACAGCCGCCCCGCCCCGCCUGUCCUGGCCAGCGCCCGGGUGUGCGUCCCCGAGCGGAUCUUGGAAGACUGUGGCUUUGAGGAGCAGCCGCAGGAUUUCCGGACCCGGUGCAGCAGCGUCACGGGCGUCCUGCAGAGGAAAGUUCACGAGAACGGCCAGAAGCCUCAGGCGCGCCGCAGACACGCCAGUGCCCCAAGUCACGUGCAGCCCUCGGAUUCGGAGAAGAACAGAACCAUGCUCUUCCAGGUUGGGCGAUUUGAGAUUAACCUUAUCAGUCCAGACACUAAGUCAGUUGUGCUAGAAAAGAAUUUUAAAGAUAUCUCCUCUUGUUCUCAGGGCAUAAAGCAUGUUGAUCACUUUGGUUUCAUCUGCCGGGAGGCUCCAGAGCCUGGGCUGAGCCAGUACAUUUGUUAUGUGUUCCAGUGUGCCAGCGAGUCCUUGGUCGAUGAGGUCAUGCUGACUCUGAAGCAAGCUUUCAGCACGGCUGCCGCGCUGCAGAGUGCCAAGACCCAGAUCAAGCUGUGUGAGGCCUGCCCUAUGCACUCUCUGCACAAGCUCUGUGAAAGGAUUGAAGGUCUCUACCCGCCGAGAGCCAAGCUGGUCAUCCAGAGGCACCUCUCGUCCCUGACUGACAAUGAGCAAGCCGACAUCUUCGAACGAGUUCAGAAAAUGAAGCCGGUCAGUGACCAGGAGGAAAAUGAACUUGUGAUUCUGCACCUGAGGCAGCUGUGCGAGGCCAAGCAGAAGACACACGUGCACCUCGGGGAAGGCCCGUCGACUAUUUCAAAUAGUACAGUCCCAGAAAAUGCUACAAGCAGUGGAAGGUUCAAACUUGACAUUCUGAAAAAUAAAGCAAAGAGAUCCUUGACUAGCUCUCUGGAAAAUAUCUUCUCAAGGGGAGCCAGCAGAAUGAGAGGCCGGCUUGGAAGUGUGGACAGCUUUGAACGGUCCAACAGCCUUGCUUCGGAGAAGGACUACUCACCAGGGGAUUCUCCACCCGGGACACCACCGGCCUCCCCGCUGUCCUCAGCGUGGCAAGCUUUCCCUGAAGAGGAUUCCGACUCCCCGCAGUUUCGAAGACGGGCACACACAUUCAGCCACCCGCCAUCAAGUUCAAAGAGAAAGCUGAACCUGCAGGACUUGAGGGCUCACGGGGUGCGUUCCCCUCUGCUGAGGCAGAGUUCCAGCGAGCAGUGCAGCCUCCUUCCAUCAGCUCGACGCAUGCACAAGGAGAGUAACUCUUCCUCCAGUCUUCCAAGCCUCCACACCUCCUUCUCUGCCCCUUCCUUCUCUGCCCCCUCUUUCCUGAAAAGCUUUUACCAGAAUUCAGGUAGACUGUCCCCACAGUAUGAACAUGAAAUCAGUGAUGGAGAAGGGAGGAAACGGACCUCAUCCACCUGCAGCACCGAGUCCCUAAACGUUGCGGGAACCCCCAUCAAUUCUCCUCGCAGAAUUUCCUGGCGGCAGCGCAUUUUCCUGCGGGUUGCAUCGCCCAUGAAUAAGUCCCCUUCGGCCAUGCAGCACCAAGAUGGUCUGGACAGGAAUGAGCUUUUGCCGCUGUCUCCUCUCACUCCCACCAUGGAGGAGGAACCGCUGGUGAUAUUCUUGGCCAGUGAUGAUGAUCCAGAAAAGGUUGAAGAGAAAAAGAAAUCUAAAGAACUAAAGAGUUUAUGGAAAAAAGCAAUACAUCAACAAAUCUUGUUGCUUCGAAUGGAAAAAGAAAACCAGAAACUUGAAGCAAGACGAGACGAACUCCAGUCCAGGAAAGUGAAGUUAGAUUAUGAAGAGAUUGGAGUUUGUCAGAAGGAGGUCCUAAUAACAUGGGACAAGAAGCUGUUAAACUGCAGAGCAAAAAUACGAUGUGAUAUGGAAGAUAUUCAUAUUACUCUUAAAGAAGGAGUUCCCAAGAGUCGACGAGGAGAAAUUUGGCAGUUCCUAGCUUUGCAGUACCGGCUGCGACACCGGCUGCCUAAUAAGCACCAGCCCCCUGACACGUCCUACAAGGAGCUUCUAAAGCAGCUCACCGCUCAGCAGCACGCGAUCCUGGUGGACUUGGGAAGGACAUUUCCUACUCACCCUUACUUUUCAGUACAGCUUGGGGCAGGGCAGCUAUCUCUUUUUAAUCUUCUGAAAGCAUAUUCUUUGCUGGACAAAGAAGUGGGCUACUGUCAGGGGAUCAGCUUUGUGGCCGGAGUCCUGCUUCUGCACAUGAGUGAAGAGCAAGCCUUUGAAAUGCUGAAGUUCCUCAUGUAUGACCUAGGCUUCCGCAAGCAGUACAGACCUGACAUGACCUCACUCCAGAUUCAAAUGUACCAGCUGUCCCGGCUCCUCCAUGACUACCACAGAGAACUCUAUAAUCAUCUUGAAGAAAAUGAAAUCAGCCCCAGUCUCUACGCAGCCCCUUGGUUCCUCACGUUGUUCGCCUCUCAGUUUCCACUGGGAUUCGUAGCCAGAGUCUUUGAUAUCAUUUUCCUUCAGGGAACUGAAGUUAUAUUUAAGGUUGCAUUGAGCCUUCUAAGCAGCCAAGAGACAUGCAUCAUGCAGUGUGAAAGCUUUGAGAACAUUGUUGAAUUCUUAAAAAGCAGGCUACCUGAUAUGAACACUUCAGAAAUGGAAAAAAUUAUUACCCAGGUUUUUGAGAUGGAUAUUUCUAAACAGCUGCACGCCUAUGAGGUGGAAUACCAUGUGCUGCAGGAUGAGCUCCAGGAAUCAUCAUAUGCCUGUGAGGAUAACGAGCCUUUGGAGAAGCUGGAGAGGGCCAACAGCCAGCUGAAAAGACAGAACAUGGACCUCUUAGAAAAGCUACAGAUGGCGCAUGCUAAGAUCCAGGCCCUAGAAUCAAACCUGGAAAAUCUUCUGACCAGAGAGACCAAAAUGAAGACUUUAAUCCGGACCCUGGAACAGGAGAAAGUGGCUUAUCAAAAGACAGUGGAGCAAAUCCGGAAGCUUCUGCCAGCCGAUGCCCUGGCCAACUGUGAAUCACUGCUGAAGGAACUCAACUGCAACCCUAACAACAAAGCUAAGAUAGGAAAUAAGCCAUAAUUCAGGACAUGUGGUUGGAGCAGAAGGUGCUUCUGAGAGCCCCAGGGAGGAAAGGCCAGUGUCCCCCUGGCCCCAGAAGGACACCUAUGUUGGAGGAACCACCUAUCGCCUGGGCUGAGCUGAGCCAGCAGGCAGCUGCCGCUCUCAUUAGAGCAUGCCAAUCCUAAGCCAUUGUACAGAUACAGACUGGUUUUUCUUGUUGCUGACUAUGUACAUAUAUAUAAAAUAGUCAUAAAGGGUUCCCGCUUUCAAAUAAAAUGAGUAGACUUAUUUAGAAGGCAAUUAUUUUUAAGUCUGAACUUCAUGAAAUCCACACCCAAGAAGUUCAACUGGAAUUCUCCUUGGGUACAUGUAAAAUCUUUUUGUCUUUAUAAAGUGAAAUAAAGCUAGAGCAUCUUUGUAUAUUGAGAUAUACUUGAAAACAAAAUGAAUGUAUUUUUUUCUCCAAAGAGCAGCAUGUUUCACUCAGUGGUGGAAAGGUGAAACCCUUUCUGUCACUUUGUGUAUCUGUGUUUGGUUCUGCUGACGUUGUCUGUAUGAGGAAGAUGGCUGCUAGUCGUGCUCCUGUGGGUUUUCUAGGAAGGUGAGGGAUUUUUUUUCCCUCUCCCUGCUUUGUGCCAAUCAGCGUGUUGCAUCUUCAUGCAUUUGAGUCUAACUAGGCUUCACGUUAGAAGUACAUGAGGAGAAAGCAUGACAUUGUGGAAGAGUCUCUCCGGCUCAAGGUAAAGAAAAAGAACAGGGUUGUUAAUUUUAUAACAGUUUAGACCAGCAUUGUUUGGAAAUAACAGGCCUCAAAAAUACAAGGCCAGUGUUGAUAACCCUUUGGGAGCUCUCAGUAAUACAAACGGCCUCCUGUGGCAUGCAUGCCAGGUGUUUGCCACCACUGAUUUAGGACUGAAAUUGUUCAGAUUAGUUCUCUGCCUGUUUAUAUAAAUGACCUACACAGUGGUGAGCAGCAGUUAGCAAGUGAUGAAGUUUAGCCAUAAACGUAGCUCUCUUAGAUCUCUCUCCCAUCAAUUUAGGAUGAUGAAAUACUGUCAUGAUUGAUGUGUCCAGGUGACUUACUGUGUUGAAAUCCUUUCCCCCCUUUGGCCACUGGAGAGAUGCUAGUAAGCACUUAAUGAUUUUUUUCCCUUCAAUUGAAAAAUUAAAAACGGGAAACGGUUAAGAAAAAAACAAGGAAAACCAACGGGAAGAAAAAAGAAAGUUGUAUCAGCUCAAUGAAAAGCCUGCGGUUCUGCCUUUGGGCUCCCAACUCCGUCACCUACCUACACAGAGCUUAGUAGGGGAUAUUCAAGCGUGCUGGCUAUAGGGGAGGAUAGUCACUUUCAGAGAACACAUGCAGUUAUCCAUUUCCUAGGUGAUUUUACAAUAGUGCCUCUAAAAACUGAUGUAGCAUUUUUGCCUUUCCUACCAGUAUUCAUCCUCAUUGCUCUUUUGUAGUCUUUGUAUUUCCACAGAUGGGUUAUUUGGGGUAAUUUUCUUCAAAGAGAUUUUGUUAUGUGUAAGCUGAAGUUUAUGAAAGAGGGCAAGAGUAAAGGUUUCAGGAAGUUUUGAUGAACAGAUGAAAAAAUAUCUGAAACCCUUUCAGUACGUAAUGUAUGUGAUGACAUUACAGAUCAGCAUGUCCUUCAAUCCAGGUGGUUUCUUAAGUGACAAUAAAAUCUUACUAAUAAAAUCUUAACUGCAACUUGUGGGUUCUAGAGAAUGUUGAUUCUAGGUGUCCCAUUUAGUUGAGGGCCACUAAUUGAUCUGUUGCUUGGGUUCUCUAGAAUUUUCCUUAUUUGUAGGAGUUUUUUUUUUUUUUUAAACAAAAUUAUGACAUCAUGUUUUCCUGUCAAGUGAUGAAAAUUGCCUUAUAGAUGUGAUAUGCAGUUGAGAGGAAGGAACUUUUAGUUGGGGAAGGAAAUCUUUUCUGUUAUCCAGUCUAAAGUAAACUUUAUUCUGGAAGUUUAAUCAAGAUGAGUUGCAUUAUGGUAUUCAUAUAGGUGACUUACAUCAUUUUCUUUUGAAAAUGAUUUUUUCAUUUGUGAUUUUUAAAAAAUGUACCAGUUAUACUCCAUGCAUUUUACAUCUUCAUCAGGUUAAUGUAAUGUCGUUUCCAAUAAAUACAUUGUUGCAGCUUC